GAUUUUAUCUCAAUUUUUCACUUUCAUAUUGUUUUAAUAUACCUUUUCUUUGUUGCAAUUUCUAGCCACGGAUGGGCGGUAACAAAUUAUAUGUUUCACAACUUAACGAAGCAUUACAUAUCGACACCCAUUCUGAACCAAUACCAUACCGAGCUCUCUACAAUUACAAACCACAGAACGAAGAUGAGCUCGAUUUAAAGGAAGGUGAUACGGUGUAUGUGAUGGAGAAAUGUGACGAUGGUUGGUAUGUUGGUUCCAGUCAAAGGACUGGUUACUUUGGCACAUUUCCCGGAAAUUACGUGGAACGGUUGUGAGAAAUGACAACAAGCGAUAUCGAACCGCCGUCGUUUACCUUUUACCAAAGCACUAAAAAAUCGAAUCGUUAAUAAUAAUAAGUUUUAAACGUUAACGAUAAAGUUCAACGAUACUCUUGUCACUACGGUCUUUUCCUAUUCGUAAAUUUUCAACGCUAACGGAAACAUAAUAUAUAAGAUAAAAAAGAAAGAAUCAAGAAUGAACGCAUAAAUAUAUACAAAAAAAAAGACAUGAGCUGAUCGAAACUUUAUCGUCGGAUUCACGAAAAAUUCAUGGAAAAUGAAAUCUAAACUUAAGGCCUCAUAACAUAUAUGUAGUGUAUAAUAAUAUUUAGUAAUUUACUAUACAACAUUCAUAAGAAGCGAGUGCGUCAGGACGACGUUACGAGAACAUCGAAGUAGAAAAUGAACAUGAUAAGAUUGGGAAUGUUUUAUCCGCGUAUCUUUAUCUAGAUCCACGAGUUAUCAAGCCGGAUCUGUUCGUGUGAACGAAAUAAUGUAUAAAUAACAUGCAACUUUUCACAAACCCAAAUCCAUCGAAUCUACUGUUCGUUAAAACGGGAUCAUUGCGAAGGUUAUACUUGACAGGUCGACACGAGGAGUUUUUAUCAAGCCUAUGUAACUUUUGUGUAAUUAUAAAACAAGAUCCUCCUAUCGGGAGGACUAUCUGGUUUCAGUAACGAACGUAAUUAUUCGUAUUAGCCGUUUAACUGAUCAAGCGACAAUCGUAUUGUAUAGUUUCUGUCUACUUACAGAGAGAUGUUUGAGAUCAAAUGUCUACUGUAAUGUAGAAAAGAUAUCUUGUGUAAAAAAAAAAAAAAUAUAUAUAUAUA